AUGGAUCAAAAAGACAUCGACGAACAAAAUGUAUCAAUGUUUAAAAAUUCAUUAUCAGUAGUUUCGAAUCCAAUUGUUCGAACUAAAAAAUGUUUUCAGGUUCCAAUGCAAGUGAAUUUUUGUUGCUUCUGCCAAGUGCAUUUAUCAAACAGUUCCGUCGUCAUACCUUCUGUGGCUCGUUUAGAUUUAUUUGUCGAACAUGACGCCUAUGUUCAUCCACAACAAAAGGGUUGUUUUCAUCAUUUGAAAGGCACACGUUUAGAUCCAGAUAUUAUUACUGAUACCAGUCAAUAUGAGCCAGCAAUUCUUACUAGUGAAGAAGCUGCCGAUUUACUAUUUCAAUUGAAAAAUGAAAUAAAGAGCAAGCGAAAUCGCUCACUGCUUGACAAUCCAUUGAUGGAUAAUGAAGAUUUAAAAACAUGGACAGGCUGGGAAAAGUCUAAUUUAUUGGCAAUGCAAAGAACAGUUUUAGAUUCAAAAGCAAUGAGAGAUAGUCAACAUCGCACUAUCUCAGAUGCUUUAAUUAUGUUUUGGGUGAAAUUGAAAACUAACUUGGCCUAUGGUCAAACUGGAACACUUUUUAAUUACGAUUUAAGCGCUGAGGAUCGAGGAAAACGUGUCGCGGAAUCCUGUGAUGCGAUAAUGGAUGUUUUGCGUAAAUAUUUUGUUCCGAACUACUUAGGUUUUAGUCAUUUAACUGAACGACAGGCAUUCGCACAUGACACGACCUACUCAAAAAUUUUUUUGGAGAUGGAGUAA